AUGCCUGCAGCUCCAGAAGCCCGCUUGAGCAAGGCGUUUCUCAGCUCGGCAACAGAGGCGUUUCCCACCGUGGAGGAUCGAGGCAGAAGAGCUGAUUGCCGACGCUGCAGAGGAGCAGGUCCAAGGGGCUUUAAGCUGCUACGCACGUUAUACUCGACCGGUGGUGCUGGAAAUCGUCCGGCUGACAUCGAGGAGGUGCUAAGUCGGCCCGAGGAGUCGGCAUCAAAGGAUUCUUCAGGGGGGUUUCCAGGCGAUCAAGAGAAAGCAGAAAUUAAUAAAGAUGAGCUCCAUGGAGAAUGGAGAAAUGACGUUUAG